AUGGGAGUCUGUAUCCAGAUCGAGGGGGCAUUUGCUGAAUAUCUCAAGGUCGACGGAGAUUUGGCGUGGAAAGUCCCUGCCGGAAUCAAGGACGAGGAAGCUGUGACCUACGGUGUCUCAGCAGUCACCGCGGCAUACGGUCUCAGCCUCCGUUUGGGGUUGGAAUGGCCGGACGAUCCAUCGGUCACUACUCAGUCCGAAAAGGCGAACGCACAAGAGCGUCCAAUUCGAUCGUCCAAUUCUGAUCUAUUCUGGAGCCACAAACGCUGGACUCUUCGCGAUUCAGUUUGCAAAACUGAUAGGCUGUCUUGUUAUCACCACCGCCUCAACGCACUCUUUCGUUCUGGUGAAGAGCAACGGCGCAGAUUAUGUGUUCGACUACCGAUCAGCAACCUCUGCGCACGAGAUAUGAUCGGGGUUCCCCGACCUCAAGCUCGCCCUGGAUUGCUUCUCGGACAGUGCGUCCACCUCGUUUUGUGCCGAAGUGCUGAGCGAACGAGGCGGCAAAGUAGUGACUCUCCUUCCCCGGACCCGACCCAGGAUUUCUGGCGUUGA